UCACAAUUCCUCAUGCUCUUAUCCACUGCGGUCUCCACACGACUUUCCAGAUCCAAAUCAAGCCCAAGUCUUGCCGAAGAAACAUUCACCACAAACCCUCGCAAAUAUGGCCGACCAACUUACCGAGGAGCAAAUCUCUGAGUUCAAGGAGGCGUUCUCUCUAUUCGACAAAGAUGGGGACGGUACCAUCACCACCAAGGAGCUUGGAACAGUGAUGCGCUCGCUUGGACAAAACCCCACCGAAGCCGAGCUGCAGGAUAUGGUCAACGAGGUCGAUGCUGAUGGAAACGGAACCAUCGACUUUCCAGAAUUCUUGACCAUGAUGGCGCGCAAGAUGAAGGACACUGAUAGCGAAGAGGAGAUCAAAGAAGCUUUUAAAGUCUUUGACAAGGACGGAAACGGCUUCAUCUCCGCGGCUGAGCUCAGGCACGUCAUGACCAACCUAGGCGAGAAGCUGUCAGACAAUGAGGUCGAGGAGAUGAUCAGAGAGGCUGAUGUUGACGGAGAUGGUCAGAUCAACUACAAUGAAUUCGUCAACAUGAUGAUGAGCAAGUAGGUGCUUCUCACCUAUGCAAGCUCUCAUUAACAUGGCGCAGUCUUGAUCAAGAAGUUGCGUCCAGCGCUGGGUCGCCAAAGUGUCACGUUUCAAAGAGGUUCACUGCAGCUGUGCCGACAGU